AUUAGUGGACAACAAAACAAAUGCAGAAUGCUGAUGACGUUGGCAAUAGCCUAAUUCCUGCACGGCACAGUAGGCCAUUCUGCAGGGCAUGGGGGCUUGAUUUGUAUGACUUAUGAUUCACAUCAAUUGGGAUUCAGUUUUGUGAAUCAUGAGCGCUUUGGAAAUGACGGACAACGUUCAAAAACUUGGGAAGGAUUUCCCAACUGCGUCCCCGUGUGCCUUUGAAAUGUUGUUAUUGUGAAUAAUAACUUCCAGUUCAAACUUUCGAAUUACAGUCGUCGCAUAAUAGCCUACUAGCCUAUGUGUUCACUGCGUGAUGCAGUUCUGUUAGGUAGUGUGUGCGUGUAAGCGCUCCCAUUGUUGACUUGCUCUGGCUUGCUGCGUUCCCUGUCGCUCCCCCUACUCCAUUCGCCCAAACGGAGACAUUUUCCGGAGGAAUAAACUUUUAUAACAGAGCUGAGACUAGCAGCAGGAGAGGCAGCAGCCCCAAGACCUACUUCAACUUGAACGACUUGAGUAUGUGGAGGAAAAAAACAGCCCUAGGGGAGUCUGCAGCAUGCCUCGUACUUCUCGCAGUAUUCUGCGAUGCCCAGCGAUUCUUGACACAGAGUAGAGCUUCCCAGUUUCUGCUGCGGCAGCGGCGAGCGAACACCCUCUUCGAGGAGAGCAAGAAGGGUAACUUGGAGAGGGAGUGCAUCGAGGAGCUCUGCAACAAAGAGGAAGCCAGAGAGAUUUUUGAGAACUAUCCUGAAACCGAGUACUUCUAUCCAAAGUAUAUUGUGUGUCUUGGAUCGCACAGAGUGGGCAUCACCACACAGGACUUCAACCCCAACAUCCCGCAAGAUCUUCGGACUUGUGUAAAAGAGAUAAGUGACCAGUGCUUGCCGAUGCCAUGUUAUAAGGACGGUUCAGAGCGAUGCGUAGAUGGACAGGCGUCCUUCACAUGUGUGUGUAAACCUGGUUGGAAGGGCCCUCGCUGUGAGGAUGACAUCGAUGAAUGCAAUGACCCAGAUUUCCCAGCGGGAUGCAAUCAGAAGUGUUUUAACUUCCCUGGCAGCUAUCGUUGUAUGUGUGAGGAAGGUUAUUUCACCAGAGACAACGUAAUCUGUACAGAUGUUAAUGAAUGUGUGCUUUAUGAAAGUGCCUGUGCGGAGCCCGCCCACUGCGUAAACACGCCGGGCAUGUAUGAGUGCAGAUGUCCCUCUGGCUUCAAGUACAACUUCACUGCACACGAGUGCCAGGAUGUGGAUGAGUGUGAACAGAGUGUGUGUCAGGGUGAGUGUGUAAACACGGUGGGCAGCUACUCAUGUUUGUGCGAUGGCCGCAAGGGUCUUCACCUGGAGUCCGACGGCUGGACUUGCGCCGAGAUCCCCGAGUGUGUGCAGCUCCAGGACGACAGGCACUCCGAGAUGCUUUACCUUGGCGAGCAGUUCGCUGGGCUGCCCGUCAUUUAUCUGCGCUUCCGACUCCCAGAGAACACCAAGUUUGCUGCGGAGUUUGACUUCCGCACCUUCGACCCCGAGGGGGUGGUGCUGUAUGCAGAGUCGUCGCAGGACUCGUGGUUCAUGCUGGGGCUCAGAGGUGGCCGCAUCGAGGUCCAGUUCAAGAACCAGCACUCCCUGAAGGUCACCAGCGGUGGAAAGGCCAUCAAUGAUGGAGAAUGGCAUGUGAUAUCGGUGGACGAGCUGGAGAACAGCAUCAGUGUGAAGAUCAGUAAAGAGGCUGUGAUGAGCAUCACCAGCCCGGAGAGUCUCUUCACGUCGGUCAACGGGAAACUGGAGACCAAAGUUUACAUAGCCGGCCUGCCAAACCGUACGGACAGCGUAAUCAAACCGAUUAAUCCACGGCUAGACGGUUGUAUUCGGGGAUGGAAUUUGAUGAACCAGGGGGCGUCGGGGGUGAAGGAGGUGAUCCAGGGGAAGGAGAGCAAGCACUGCUUUGUGCACGUGGAGCCGGGGUCCUUCUUCUCCGGGGCUGGAGCCGCCCGUUUCAACAUAGACUACAGCGAGGCAGGGUCCUGGAAGGUCGGCGUAAAGAUGACUAUUCGGCCGUCCAAAAGCACAGGGGUCCUGUUUGCUCUCGUUGCCAAUAACACAACCCCACUGUCAAUUGCUGUUGUCACGCGAGGACCAAACGACGCCGACUUGCAGUUGUUCCUGGGUGGUGUUGCUGUGGCAACUCUGCAAACGCUGAUGCUGUGUUACCCCGAGCGACUAGAUGUGGCGUUCAAUGUGUCAGAGAGAGAGCUUCAGAUUCUGGCCAACUCCUCCACCUCAGACGUGUCUUACAUGACACAGCCUCUGCUGCUGGAAGCUCUGUCCCGCCUAAACGAGACCAUGCAGGGACCCGUUGACACCUACAUCGGAGGACUUCCUGAUCUCCCCAUCGCAUCUACGCCAGUCACAGCCUUCUACCAUGGAUGUAUAGAGAUCACUGUGAAUGGACAGCAGCUGGACUUUGAUGACGCGUUUAGCAAGCACAACAGCAUCAAGUCUCACUCUUGUCCCCCUGUGUUAACUUGACCCAUCCGUCGGCCCCCAGGCGAGGCGGUCACAGGCAGGUUUCUGUGGUACGUCAAUAGAUUGCUCUGAUUCAAAAGUAAUAACGAGUGAGUAUAAGAGCAAAGAAAGCCAGAUAAUAGGGUUUUUUUAGUGAUGGAUGUUGGCUGGUUUGUACGGCACAGUUAAUUUCAACCCACACUCACACACACACACACACACACACACAGCACGCUCAAAGUGCACAGUCGCUCUGAUAUUCUCAGGUAACUGUUGUCCUGGUCCUACUUUUGUGACGUGGAUUGCCUCUGUAAUCGUUUUUUGAGCCUGGGAUGCUAUUCACAGGCGUGAGGACAGCGCCAUUCCAUUGCCACGAGAUGCAGCUUCCCUCCUAACAAACUCAUUGUAGUGAAAAUGGCAUAAUGAGGGAUAUUCUGAAAUGUUUUAAAAUGUUCCUGUGAAAAAGAAGUUGGUCUGAAUCCUAGAUGAAGGCCUAUCGUCAUUAGCUCUAAAUUGCCAGAUUAAUGAUCACCAAAUGUCUCGUGGACAUGUCCCGUCUAGAGCAUCUGUACCGGUGAAACAAAUUCAAAACCGUACUGGGUGUCAAGUAUUUCCUCUCCAUUGAAACCCAUUACAAGGAACAGGCUCAUCGUGCCCUAUAAUUAAAGGAACCGUAUGUAAGAAAUAUUUUUCAAUUAGUCAUAAAAUGGCCCUGAUAUGACACUAGAUAUAUAAGAAAUAAUGUUGAAGUAUGAAGUUGCAGCCCUCAACUGAUGUUGAUGUUUACAUGUUGUGUUUUGGCCUGAUGCACCACCCUCCACCCAUCUUCUAAUCACAAAGUCAGUAGUGUUUCAAUAUCUCAGCUCUGCUCUAGUUACAGUACCACAGCUGCGGUGUGUACCGCUCUACAGUAUUUUGAAAGUGAUUGCAAUACCAGUUUUGGCCAUAAUCCUACAUACAAUUCCUUUAAUAUAAUAUAAUACUUACAGACUACAGCUGCAUCGUGAUCCAUGUCACUUUUUUAAAGAUUUAGAGAUAGCACUGUUAGCUGGCUAACUGGCUAUAGAAAGUAUUGAGGGAACAGGCACCGAAAGCAGUGUUGGUGUUACAAUGGCUAGCAUCGUUGUCUAGAGAUGACCUGGGUUCAAUAUCAGGCCAAUGAGAAAGGAUUGUUGCAGGGACUCUCUGAGUGUGAAAGAUUUUAAACGAAUUUUUAAAACUAAACUCUAUUCCUGGCCACUGUUCCUGCACAGUCAUAUGAGUUUUGUCUUUUUUUUUUUUUUUUUUCUCCACAAGAGAUUUAUUUUCAGUGACAAAAUCAGGGUCUGUGAUGCACCUGUACCAAUGAAACUUGCUGUGCUUGUAGCGUCAUGGGGCUGAUAAGUCCAAUAGACCUCGGAAGUUCACCUACAAAAAGGCUACCAUCUUUGCCCAAAUAAGGUGAUCCGGUAUCGUGAGAUUUUUUUAUGGGAAAAUAACAUGGGGAUUUUGAAUGAUCGCACCUGUUAAUCUCUUGCGGGCAUGAAGAAAUUGGAAACGCAGACGUUUUGCGCUACACAGUUUUGUCCUCUGCCUGUGAGUGGAUACUGUGAUUUUCAGUACGUGAAGACGGUGUACUUUGAUCUUUGCUACCCCAGAACUAACUUACAAUGCAACUUGCCAUAGGUAGUUAGCUUUAAUUAACACCCGGAUCUCCUUAUAUGGGCAAAGAUGGCAACUUCAGAGGUCUAUAAGAAUUCCAGCCACUAACAACCAAUCAAAAUUCAGCAAUCAAGAUAUGCCUGUGCUUACAGUUGGAUUAAGAUGUUUGCAUCCAUCUACUCUACAAUGACAAAAGGAACAAAAAAAUAAAUAUGUUGCCAUCAACGCAAAAUGUAAUGCACAGCCAAGUCUUAUAAAUGGUAAUUCAUUUAAAAAAUAACAGCAAUGGCUUACGGAUUGGAUAAAAUGAAAGUGAUUGUGUACAAAUUAACAUUUGGUAAAAUGAAAUGAAAUGUUUUGUUAUACCCUGUACAUGUUUCGUUGCCUUACUAGCCUCCUCCUAACUCUAGUCAGCUUUUGUAUCAUCUCAAGUACUUUCCCUCGUGAUCAUUUGUAAAAACUGACUGUGCAUUAAAUGUGUGUUGAUGACUAUA